AUGCCGCAAAUAUCAACUGAAUGCCUCGAAGAAAUUUUUAAAUAUUUAGAAAACGAUCAUAAUUCAUUGUUUUCAUGUCUUUUAGUGGAACAUUCAUGGAGUCGUAUCGUGAUUCCAAUACUUUGGAGUGAACAUUGGGAAAAAGCAAACGGUAAAUUGAUUGAAACAUAUAUAGCUUGUCUUGAUGAAUCUGAUAGGGAUAUAUUAUUAGAGGAAGGCGUUGAUCUUCCAGAUAACCCUGCUCCUUUAUACAAUUAUCCAAGAUAUUUAAAGAAACUUGAUCUUGGAUUACUUGAAGACAUAAUUUAUGGUUGGCUUACUGAGGAUGGUCCUUUAGAACCUGAUGAAUUAAAUCAAGUUACCUCGGUGAUGUAUAUAAUCUGUAAACUUAUUAUAGAUAACUGUGAUGGAUUGUAUAACUUGGAGAUCGGCGAUUGGAAGGAAAAUUAUAAUAUUCCUGACAUUGCACCUCUAAAAGGUGCUCGUAGUGCUUUUGUCAAUCUGCGUAAUUUUCAAAUUCAUGGAACCUGCAACAUGGCAUCCGCUGAAGUAUUGGACAAUAUUUCAAAUCUUUUAACUGUAAUGACUCAUUUUUCAAAUAACAUACAAUCAAUGAAAAUAGAUUGUUGUCAUUGUGAUUUUCGAUUAGGUAAAAGGUUAUGCGCAUUGAUCGAAUCUCAAUCUAACCUUCAACAUUUAUUGAUCGAAGAUUCUAGUGGGGAUUCUACUUUAACUCCAAGUCUUAAUUCCGCUUUUUCAAGUCAAUUCAGUUAUUUAAAGAAUGUAACUAUCUCUGGAUUACCUCUUGAUAAUACAUUCCUGAUAAACUUGGCAAAUUGUAAAAAACUUGAAUUAUUGAAUAUUUUUCAUUGUCGAAAUGUAAAAUCGUUCGAUUCUAUAUUACACCAAAUUGAACAACCAUAUCAACUUCCUUUAUCGAAAUUUGCUUGUUUACAUAAUUCCAUUAAUACCGUAUUUAUUUUGGAUAUUUUUGAGAUGUCAAAAAAUAAUUUAUCCAAAUUAAUCUUGGAUAAUGUUGAAUCAAAUAUGAUCGAAUUUGUGGGCAAUCAUUGCAAAAAUCUCGAAUAUUUGGCUAUUAAUAUUAAUCCAGAAAUCAUUAAAUCGAUUCAUUUAUUAACGAACCUUAAUAUUAAAUAUUUCAAUUUUUAUUCCCCUUCGACCUCAACCGUUACAACUCUUUCCACUGACCUAUUAAAACUACUUGGUCUAUCAUUACCUCUAAAUUUAGAUUCCCUUGAUUUGGAUUUUAGUAUUACUCCUGAUGGUUUAUAUGAAAUUUUAAACUUUACCCGUGCUAGGAUUAAAUUUUUAAUUCUAAAAUUACCACUACCUUUUGAUAAUAUUGUAGGUAAUUAUAAUAUUGGGGUUAAUGAUGAAUUUUUAAAUAUAGUUCUUAAACAAACGAUAUUUAAAGGUGGAAUUUUAAAGGAAUUAAGGAUAGAUAGGGGAGGGGAAUUUUUAUUGAAUAUGCAUUUUUCAAAAGAGAUGUUGGCAAAAGCAAAGGGUAUAAUUAAAAUUAGUCCUGAACUUGAUAUUCCUUGGAGUACUUUUUAA